AUGCUAUAUGAGAAUCAAGAAAAAGCAAUCAAAUCUCAAAGACACGAAUCAUUCCUAUCUUCAAGUAUAUCUCAUCUACAAUCUUGUUAUAUUAGCCGAAGCAUUCAUACUCUUCAUGGAUUGUAUAAUUCAUUAGAAGAUAUAAAAUUUGGAAAAUCUCAAGAUAAUGAUAUUCUACGACAAUUUAUAAUUGCAGAUGAAAAUCAAUUCGAAUUUCAAAGACAAAAAUUAUUUCUAUCUUCAAGUACGUCUCAUCCGCAAUCUUGUUACAUUAGCCGAAAUAUUCACACUCUUCACGGAUUGCAAAGUACAUUAGAAGAUAUAAAAUCUGGAAAAUCUCAAGAUCCUAAUUUAUUAAAGUCUAAUGAAUCAACUGUUUCAAGUGUCAGUACUUAUGAUAUUGAUUCUAAAGAAUCACUCGAAUGCAUUAAUUGGGAAAAAGAAAUUCAAAUUAUGCAAAAAAACGAUCAUUCUCAACUUUAG